AACGUAACCACAGCAGCAAAAUAGCAACGGCCUCUCUCCAGCCCCCCCUCCUCACAGACACUUGGUACAGUCUGAGUCGACAGGUGGGCCGUUUAAACAUGUCGGCCACUUCAGCCCAGUCGUUAAUACGUUGACCAAGAACGGGAACAGCAUCACGUUGGCAAUAUCAUCAGUGUAAAAUACCUCACCCCUGCAGACAGAGACAGAUGGAGAGAGCAGCACCAGCCCCCUGCUCAGCUCCAGUGAUUUAUGCCACGCCCAGGGAUCGACUGCUGGAGGAGCGAGGAGGCGCGAGGACGGCCAACUGCCGGAGUGUGGUGACGCGGCUGCGCCGAGGCCUCGCGCCGCCAUCCAUUUGCAGUGACAAUCAUUAUCGCUUUGAAGCAGUGGUCUCCAACUCUAUUCCAGAGGGGACGCGCGUGUUCACAGUCCCACAAAAUCCGUCACAAGCCGCAGGGCCGAGCCCGGCUGGACCGAACCGGACUUGGUUCCACGUGAGGGUUCUGGCUCCCUCUCUUAGUGCGAUACAUAUCUGCCUCCCCCCUUGGCAGGUUGCCAUGGUCGCCAUACCUACUCUCUCUCUCCUAUUGGUCCUGGCAGAGUGGGCAGGUCUGGUUGACGCCUCCCCCCACCUCCUGCUCCGGCCCAGCCCGCGGGAGCGUGAUGCGGGGGCCAUGAUGAACUUCAACAUUGCCGUGAUCCAUGCCGGUGCCACGGUGCAGGCAGAGGCAGCGGUGGUGGGUCCCGGGGGCAGGGUGCUCUACCCCGGCUUCGGCCGGGUGUACGGCUCGCUGGGGGAGAGCGUGGUCACCCAGUGGGGGUCUGCCAACGUCAUCUGGCUACAGGUGAACGACAGCAGUCCAAAGACAGUGCUUUCCCAGCUGUGUGAGCUGCUGGCGGCGCGGCCCCUGCAGGGCCUGGUUUACGAAGAGGAGAGGCCCCCUCGCACAGCGUGGGGGCCUCUGGCCCCCAUGCUGGAGUUUGUCUCUGCGCAAACAGGACUGCCUAUAGUGGCAGUAGGAGGGGGAGCUGGGCUGGGGAGGAUGCCACAGGAAUCAGGUUCCAUCUUUCUUCAGUUCAGCUCCUCUACUGCCCUCCAGUUAGAAGUCAUCUUUGAGGUUCUGGAGGAGUACGACUGGACCGCCUUCUCGGUGGUCUCCACGCGUCACCACGGUUACCAGGACUUCCUGUCUGUGGUGGAGGGCCUGACGGACGGCUCGUUCAUCGGCUGGGAGAAGAAGAGCGUCGUGAUCCUGAACGUGACCGACGACCCCGGGGGGGCGCGCACGCGCAGGCUGCUGAAGGAGAACGAGGCGCAGGUACGUCUGCUGUACUGCUCCCAGGAAGAGGCCGAACUUGUUUUCCGGGCCGCCUGGGCUGCCGGUCAGGCCGGGGCCUCGCACAUGUGGUUCGCUGUGGGGCCCGCUCUCUCAGGUUUGGCCACGGAGAGCCUGCCCCGGGCUCUGUUCGCCGUGCGGCCUCAGGGCUGGAGGGACGAGCCCCGCCGCAGGAUCGCUCGGGGUGUGUCGGUGCUGACUCACGGGGCGGUGGCCAUGCGCAAGGACUACGGGACCACGGGUGGGCCCAACUUUGUCACCAACUGCAUGACGGACGCCAAUCAGACCGAGAGACUGCGGGGCAGGAUGAGGUAUUUCAGCAACAUCACUCUCGGCGGCAGAGACUACUCCUUCAACGGGGACGGCUACCUGGCCAACCCCUUCCUGGACGUCAUCUCCUGGACACCUGGACGCGGGUGGGAAGAUGUAGGCUGGUGGGAGAACGGCGUGCUGAGGCUCCGCUACCCGGCCUGGUCGCGCUACGGGCCGUUCCUCAAGCCGCCCGAUGACGCCCAGCACCUGCGCGUCGUCACCCUGGAGGAGCGACCGUUUGUCAUCGUGGAGCUGGCGGACCCGGCCUCCGGGACCUGCAUCCGGGACUCGGUGCCGUGCAGACGACCCCUCAAUGCCAGUGCCAUCCACGAGGGCGUGGCUCCCAUGAAGCAGUGCUGCAAAGGCUUUUGCAUUGACAUCCUCAAACGACUGGCCAACAUUGUGGGAUUCACGUAUGACCUUUACUUAGUGACCAACGGGAAGCACGGCAAGAAAAUUGAUGGGGUUUGGAACGGCAUGAUCGGAGAGGUGGUAUACAAGCGAGCCGACAUGGCAAUCGGCUCCCUGACUAUCAAUGAGGAGAGGUCGGAGGUCGUGGAUUUCUCUGUGCCCUUCGUGGAGACGGGGAUCAGUGUCAUGGUCUCCCGUAGCAACGGAACCGUCUCGCCCUCCGCUUUCUUAGAGCCCUACAGUCCGGCGGUGUGGGUGAUGAUGUUCGUCAUGUGCCUGACCGUGGUGGCUGUGACCGUCUUCAUCUUCGAGUUCUUCAGCCCCGUGGGCUACAACCGCAGUCUCCAGACCGGCAAGAAGGCCGGGGGGUCUACGUUCACUAUAGGAAAGUCCGUGUGGCUUCUGUGGGCUAUCGUCUUCAACAAUUCUGUGCCAGUGGAGAACCCGAGAGGAACCACCAGCAAGAUCAUGGUGCUGAUCUGGGCCUUCUUUGCUGUCAUCUUCCUGGCCUCUUACACUGCUAACCUGGCUGCUUUCAUGAUCCAGGAGGAGUAUAUUGACACAGUGUCAGGGCUCUCGGACAAGAAGUUUCAGCAUCCCGAGGAGCAGUACCCACCUCUGAAGUUUGGCACGGUGCCGAACGGGAGCACGGAGAAAAACAUCCGCUCCAACUACCCGGACAUGCACCAGUACAUGGGCAAAUACAACCAGAGGGGGGUGGAGGACGCCAUACUCAACCUCAAGACCGGAAAACUGGAUGCUUUUAUUUAUGAUGCUGCAGUGUUGAACUAUAUGGCCAGGAAGGACGAAGGUUGUAAGGUGAUGACCAUAGGCUCGGGGAAGGUUUUUGCCACCACAGGCUACGGUAUCGCCCUGCACAAAAACUCACGCUGGAAACGUCCUCUUGACCUGGCCCUGCUGCAGCUGGUGGGAGAUGAUGAAAUUGAGAUGCUGGAGCGCCUCUGGCUGUCAGGUAUCUGCCAUAAUGACAAAAUUGAGGUGAUGAGCAGUAAGCUGGAUAUUGACAACAUGGCUGGGGUCUUCUACAUGCUUCUGGUGGCUAUGGGCCUCAGUUUGCUAGUGUUUGCCUGGGAACACUUAGUCUACUGGAAGCUGCGCCACUGCAUGGCCACUAGUUCUGGCAAACUGGACUUUCUUCUGGCCAUAAGCAGGGGCAUGUAUAGCUGCUGUAGCUUUGAGGAUGAAACUGCACCAGGUGGAGCAAAAUCUUUGCCUACUCAUCACCACAGUGCGAUGGUUACAGUCCCGUCCCAGGCGCACGUUGUCUCAACAUCUAUGACAAACCCAGCCAUUGCUAUGGCGCAACAGCAGCAACCACCCCAACAGCAGCAACCACAGCCCGUCUACAAAACACCUCUACCGGGCUCCCCUCCCACCGUGGUGCAUUCUGGGACAGCACUGGGUCCUUCCAACAACCCCAUUGCUGGUGCACCCCUUCCUUGCUCGACCUUCCUGCCACGGCCAGAUCGUAGAUUGGCUGUGGUAGAUCGCUGGAGACUCCCUAAAUCUGCUACAGCCACCAAUCCUAUGGCUGUAAGAGGGGGGAUCACGGACAUGGGACCCUUUUCUCAGAAGGUCCCAGCAAACUGGGCUUCAACUGCUGGAGGGAGUGGGGGACUUGACGGCUAUAAAAGAUAUUAUGGUCCCAUUGACCCUGAGGGACUGGGGCCCUGCAUGGAGCAGCAGGCAGGUUCCCAGACCCCCAAGACUAUGCCCAGGGGCCAUCCCCAGCCCCCUCCAGCCAGUGUCGCCUUCUACUCAGAGAAGGGCAUGGACCACGGGGUGGGGAAGAAGGUGGUGGGAGGUGGCAGCGGAGGUCAGGGGAAAGGGGCCGUUAAGUCUCUUGGCACUCCUAGACUGCCUCCUAAGAGUCAGGCCCCUCUUCCUCCUACACCUCCACUGCCACACCCCUCUCCCCCUCUCCCCUCGUCCUUCUGGAGGAAGCGCAGGCCCAAGAAGGCCAAAGAUCCUGGAGGGCCACUGUACGAGAACAUUUUGCCACUGGGGCGCAGGGGAGGAGCACGAGAUGGAGUGAGGGAGGGUGGAGGGAGGAGGAUGCGCCCCCUCUCUCCCCCGCUCUCACUUCCUGUGCCAGUACCCCUUAGCCCCUCCUACACCCCUCCUUCUCCGUCUGCAUCCUUGCAGUAUACGUCCUCGUCCACUUCAUCGACCACCUCAUCCACAUCCACGUCCUCGUCUGCCUCAUCUUCUCGCUCCACCUCUCCUACUUACUCAUACAGCUCCUCAAGGAGCACAAGAGAUAGGACUGGGGGAAUAGACGGAGAGGAUGAUGAUGACGAUGAGGAGCUGACGGAAGAAUCAAGCCUUCUCCUUGGUAGGGGGAGGGAUAGGGAACGCUCAAUCAUCCGGCCUCGUUCCCUCAGCCAUGGACGCCUGCCGCCGCCUAUACCCCCUAGGAAACCUCGCACAUCCUGGGGUGACAGAGAGAGGGAAAGAGAGAGAGGCGGGAGCCAACUUUCUCAGCUCCAAGAAUGGUGGGCAAGCUGGAGUGAAAGAGAAAGGGGUGGAACAGGUGGAGAUACUGGCAGGCAAAAAAAAGAAAAGAAGAGGAGGAAAGAGAAAGAGAAAGAGAAAGAGAAGAAGAAAAAGAAAAAGAACAAAAAGAGGAAAAAGAGAGAGGAAAGAGAAAGAGAGCGAGAAAGAGAAAGGAAGAGGAGAAAGGUUAAAAAGAAGAAGAAGAAGGCACUAAAGGUAAAAAAAAGAAAGAAAUCCACUGGGGGUAAACACUCUGAGCCAGAAGAGGGAGAUGCAGAGCCAGAUCGGGAAGGGGAGGCAGAAGGAGAGCGAGAAGGAGGAAUACAAGACUACUCGUCCUUCUCUGCCCAGUAUCGAAGCACAUUUGGCGAGAAAGGCCGGGAUUCAUGGGAAGGAGAGCGGGAUAGAGGCAGGAGAGAAGGAGAAGAAGGAAAUGACAGGGAGGAGGAGGACAGUAGCAGAAGCAGAGAAAGGCAUCCUAAAUCCUCACGCCCUCAUUCCAGACAUCGAACACCCAGUAAGCGCUAUCCUAACCUCAACAAACUUCCUGCAUCUGUCAAAUUUUGGGUGAACGGAAGAGGAGAUGAUUCCAAUACCCCUCCAGCAUCUCUCCACCCACUCCUUCCAUCCUCCAAGCGGAGAAGAAGUGGAGGGAUGGACAGAGAAGAUAGCAGUAGGCUUGGGGAGCGGCGCCCUUUGUUAAUGCAUUAUGAAAAAGAGAAAGCACAGACAAGAGAAGGGUUGUCCUUCCACGAAUGGGAUUCUGAAGAUGAUGAGGUUGAUGAUGAAGAGGAAGAAGACGAAAGGGAUAGAGUGAGGGAGCGGGAGGAUAGGGGAAGGAGAACAGGUAGGGGAGCAAUGUCUGAGUCUGAGAGGGACAGGGCCAGGGCUGAGGACAGUUACUCAGAUGAGGGCUCCUCAGGAGAAUUUGGCCGUUUUGAAAGGUACUGGGAGGGAGGUGCAGGGGAAAGCGGUACUGGAAUAGGAGGCAUAGGAGGAGGAGGAUGGUUCUUUGGAACCUACCCGUCAAGAGAGAAGGGAGGCAGUGUGAACAGUCGAGAUGACUCUUUGCUUGGAACGCGAGCAGAAAGAUGGAUUGGUGCUGAUUUCUGGAGUUCAGGACCAGGUGUAGGUUGGGGAUCAGGAGGAGGGAGCGGAGGGCUUGGUUCUCAGUGGCCGCCACCACCUGCAGCCUUUCCUCCACCUAGGAGGUAUUGGUCUAUGGACAAGAUUCCUGUCAAGGGGGAGAAAAAAUGGAAGAGUGGAGGAGGCAAAAGCAAGGGUAGAGCAAGGGAAAGAGGCGAAGAAGGAGGACGGGCCACCAUGUGCUCGUGCAGCCUCUAUCCCCAACCCCAUCCUUACCCACAUCCCCACAGCCGCUCUCACACCUCCCACUCCAAGAGAGGUACGACAGCCCAUUCCCAUAGCCAGGAAGAGCUUCUUCCCCACUGCCACAGCUUCAGUGGAAGCUCUCGCCCCAAGUCUCUGCCUCCCAAACCAGACCCCAGUCAGGCCAAAUCUGGCAGCCAGUCUAACCUCAGCCUCAGCACACAGCCUACAGACCAUCCACCUCAGCCUUCACCAUCACCACCACAGCAACAGUCCAUGUCUCCAACCUCUCUCCCAAUGACCAUUGCGCCUCCGCCAUCCACAUCCUCCGUCUCACCACCAGCAGGCGUAGGAAUGGCGGGCCAAGGCCAGGCCCAGGCUUCGGCCAGUGCCAAACUCCAGUAUCAGAGACUGCGCUCUGUGCCUCAGCCACGGAGGUUCUACUCCCCCCACCUGCCACUUAAAGCCAAGAGCCUGUGUUCACGCAGAGGGUCGGCCCACUUCUCCAGUCUGGAGAGUGAGGUAUGACAGGGGGAGAGGAGAGAGGGAGACGUGGAAGCAAGCACCGCCAUAGUCACUGAGAACCAUGGUGCAACGCCAGCCAGGGAUGACACCAGAGAUUUGGCUGCUUUGGUGACCAAUCAGUUAGCGAACACCACUGCGGGAACUAACAUGGACAGUAGUUCUUUUGCUAAUACUACCUUGUGUGAAAACCACACAACCGCCACCCGCUCCAUUGUGCGUGUCCUAGUGAGGGCGACAGUGAGACGCCACACCAGGGUGAGCUACAUCCGUUUGGAUGGUUCCCAUGAGGAUGAGAGUGAAAAUGAGGCUGCAUCACUGGGGACGGAAUCCCCAGAACUUCUCCUUCGCUCUGAAUUGAGCUUUGUGAUGUCAUCUUCAGUUCUCCUCCCUUCCCCAAGUCACAACUAUGGAUAAGAAUAGUCACCAACCUGUGAGUAAUGAUGUCAUAUUUGUACACUCGAACACAAACACAGACACAUACACCUGCACACACACGCACAUAUAUGCUGAAAACGUCUCCCUCCCUCUGGCUUAAGAACAUAACUUGUGGGAUGUGGAAGCUCCUACCCACUCCCAAAAGAUGCCAGUGCCAAUAGACUCUGGCUCCCCAUCGUCACUGGCUGUAGGCUUUUGAACUGGUUGGUAGACUGCUUCGUGGCGUUGGAGAAACUGCCCCCUCUUCUUCCUUUUGUAAAUCAGUUGAUAUAAAAAGCAAUGCAGUCACCUCAGUCAUGUGUUCUAUAUGCCUGGUCAUCUUUCACUGGACAAUGAGGACAGUGCUAUUUUUUUGCCCUUUGACCUCAAAACGACAUCAGACCCAUCUAGCUCUACCCCAGGACCAUCUACGUGAUGUCAUGUUUUACUAGAAACUCUUUUAAACCAAUCAGAUUGAACAGGAACCCCUUCUCGUCCUCCCCGUUGGAGCUUGUUGUGUCACCUUUGGUUCAAUUGGAACUCAAACACAGUUGAGUAUUGAAGUAUUUGAGCAACAAACUGAACUUUAAAAAGAAAAAUAAUAUGAAAAAAGGACAUGUAGCAGAUUUUCCUUUAUGUAAGUCUUUUCCUUUCUUACUUACACUUACACUUUUCUCCCAGGUCCCUCUUUUUUUACUCUAUCAAUAUACUUCUCUCACUGUGUUAGUGUUUAAUAAGAGGAGGCUGGAUGUGGCUUGUGUUGGAAGUGGGAACGUCUCCAUAGCAGUGCCAAAUUUCCACUCACUAAAGCCUUGGAGCAUUAUUGGGUUCAAGAAAUUUGUUUUCACAGAUAAAGUCCCAUUUUUUCUCCAGCAUCUGAACAACACAUAAAUUACCAUCACAUAAGUUGAUAAAGUGGAUGAUUGGUGUAAUAUCUGUAAUUGGCACUAGAUGGCUGCAUCAUAUUCAAGUAUUGGAGACAACUGCAAGAGCUGAUGAAUUUAAUAAGUGUAGCUGGAGUACAUAAUACAGAGAGAGGCAUGUGCUGGGAACUUUAUUGUUUUUAUGAAGGUGGCCAGUCAAGAUUUAUUCUGAGGAAGUAAGAGAAAUUGAAACCAGCUGUGGUGCAUUGUAAAAGCUCUCUUAGGAUAUUAAUGUGUUUCACUACUGUUGUACUAUAGCAGAGUUUGUAGAUGAUGGAUUAUAUGAAGCACAAUUCCUUAUUCCAUUUUUCACUUGUGUGCCACACAUCUCUUUGUAACUGCACAAUCUACAGGUAAGAUAAUUUGUUUAAAUCUGAAAAAAAGCAUUAACUGGGUGUUACCUCAUUUUGCUUUUAUGGACAUUAAACUUCACUGAUAAUGGUUUAAAGAGCAAAGUACCACAGAUAUGGACAAAUGAUUUUGUGCGUUUAUGAUUUCUUUUUGGCAAAUAAGACAAAUGAACGAUAUACUGUGAAUGUUUUGAGUUGCACAUACAGUUCAGUUGCUGAGGCAUCAGUAAGCGCAGUCAAUAAUAACUCCUGUUAUCAAGAUUAUCAGAUGACUGUUUGACUUUUAGCAAUAUUCCCACCUUUAAUGUGACAGGGAUGCGUUGGCACAUAUGUUUGCAUUCGAGACAUUGUAAUUGUUUUUCCUCUAUUUAAAAUUGGACUAUUUGUAUCAGCCAGAGUCAGAUGGUUCAUAUCUUCAAUGAUGUUCGUAUAGGUCCAUCAGGUUUCAUCUAAUUUGGUCCGAUGUUAUUGUAAUAAACGAGUCUGGAGCACCUGGCUCUGGCUGACCAAUAUGAAUAUAAAAUGCUCUGUGUUCAAGAGAGACUAGUGAACUGUUGUAUCCUGUGUGUGCCAAAAGCCAUCUACUGUGUAACCUGUGUCAAUGUAACCAACAUUGCACACAUUUUAAUUUUCACAAGGUCAACGUAUCCACCGCUUCUCUCACACUAAGACCAGCCACAGCCCAGCUCUUCUUCUAUUGUAGUUGAAUGUAGCUUUGACAUGAUGUAGCAAAAGAAAACCUAAGUUUAGAUUUUGUAGCUUUUUUGGGUGAUGCUGACCAGAAGGAGAGGGGGUUGACCUGCUACUGUAUGUGAGGGACUGUGCGUUGUGUUUGUGCAUGUCGUCACAGAUCGAAGGGUUAGUUGACCUUCUCAGUUACCCUUUAGCGCUAUCCCUGCAGCGAGGGCAGGCUGUACCUUUUAUCUGCACAUGGAUUGCUUUGUUUCUACGUCUGUGUGGAACAAAUUUUUAAAAAUAUUGUCUUUGUUUUUUGAGAAAUGCUUUCGCCAUUUCGCCUUCUUUGGAAAACCUCAGAACCAUUGCAUGUUUAGCUGAAUGAAAUCUUGACGAUUUACGGUGGGAGGGUUGUGUAGUUUAAUUGAAGCUAACGCUUAGGACACGGGCGGCCAUUUUUCAGUGAGAUAGUAAGCUUGCGCUACUCUGCACCCCGGCAGUGGAAACCACAGCAUCAAUUCGACUGCUUCCCGUGUAGUAGGACUCAAUCAUUUUCAGCCAAUCAACAGGGCUUUAAACCUGGUGUGUCACUGAGUAUUAUUGAUUUCUAUUGAGGCACUAAUACUUAAGUCUGUGACUGCAUGAACAGAAGUGACUUUAAAACUCUUUGGCUUAUUUUGUUCUAUUUAUUUUAUUUUUUGCUGGAAAAAAGAAUAUAUUAAAAAAUACUAUGUUUUUGAGAAUGUACCAUGUUAUACUGUGAUUUAACUGAGAUAUUUUAUUGUAUUCAAUUAUCAUUUGAAUUCUAUCAUUUAUCUAUAAAGAAAUAUAUAUGUACAAAUAAAUAUAUACAUAUAUAUACAUACAGGUAUAUAUAUAUAUUAGUUAAGUUUGGUAUAUUUGGAGGAAGUGUUAGAUAAAAUAGUUUUAAAUGUUUUAGCUUUGUAGCGAUUCUAGACACUGAAAUCAUUUUUGAAUUUCAAUUCCUCCUAUAUGACUGUGAAGACAUUAGUGCCUGUGACAAAAAAGACAAGUAAAAGUCAAAACUCUAUUCAUCUGUAUCUACUAUAGCUAUCAGUCGUCACUCCUCUUGUACUACCUAACAUUACUUUUUGACACUUGCUGCUUUUACAUGUCAGUGUGUUUUCUCUCUCAGUCCGUCGUGUCUUUUGCUUUCUGCUGCUCUCCUCUGCAGCUUCUUUCUCUCCAUUUUAUUCCCAAGCUGUGGACAUACUUUCCCUCUUAAAGUUUUAUCACGUGGUGAUCACAUCCAUGUGUUAAUUAACCCCUUCGCUGACCUUUGCUUUAUCCCUUUGAUCACUUUUUUUUAAGUCAGCUCAUUCCCAUGUCUGUCUCUCACUUAGCAAAAAACAGAGACCAGUAGAUACUGUGUUCUUGCUCCUUUUGACUGAUUGUUGAUGAUGAUGAUGAUCAAUUACUUCAUUGAUGAAUAAUUAAUGAACAAUGUUACUAUAACUGAUGUGACUGAAGUGUGUAUCUGAUGACCACGCCACUGUAGCAAGUCUGGGCUGUACCACACCACCAGCGAACAAAUGAGGCCACAGUUGCUAUGGUGUUGCCAUGGCAUUUUCAUGGAGUUGCCAUGGUGUCGUCUGCACCGCCACCACCUGGUGCCUGCUGGGUAAUAUAGCAUAAUGUCCUUCACUUUCUCCAAAGCACUAGUCAAAGAUCUGCUGUGUGCCCCUCUGCUUAGUCCUGACCUUAAUCAUCCGGAGGUGAAAUAUUUAAAAGCUCACUUUGGAAGGCGCUGAGGGGCAGCAUGGUGGCGACGUGUCUGCUGUCUAUGCUCCUCUAGACUGGACUGGUCUGGCUUGAAGUGACUGUGAUAAAGUGUCCGUGCCGUGUUGAUCUUUAAAUAAUCGAUGUGCGCUGCUGUGCUGAGGUCUUUGUCUGCCGCUGGAUUGCAUUUUGUGGAACUUAAAGUGGGUUUUACGUUUAAAGGGUAAAUGUCAUGUGUGUGUGGUGCAUGUAGACAUGCAGUGCAGCAUGGCUCCAUCGUGUUCCCGUCCGUCGCUCCCUCUGUUUCUUUCGCCGCAUGUAUAUUUAACAUCACUCAGGCAGAGAUUUCCAUCCUCGUCUAGCCGUCUAAAGCACUGUCUCGAGUAGUUCGCUCAUCCCACACAGGCACAAGUGUGACUUUACAAACCCGCAGCACACGCAGUCUGGUUACUACUGUAUUUCUGUCUGAAAUGUGGUUCAACAGUGUGGCUACAGGGACGUUAAAUACAUCCUCCAUCAGUGUUUCAUCCGUUUUGUGAAUCGGCUUGAUUUGCAUCCUUCUUUUGCGCUGUCUUGCUUAUUUUGAGCCAUCAAUUCCUGUUUAGAGUAGUCGGGUUCAAUUUGUUUCACUUUGCAGACCAGCUCCUCUUUUCAUGUUCCUGUUGUCCUAAUCGGUUUUGAUUUAUCACAUUAACCGUUUGAUCAUAUUAUAUCCACCGAGCAGUCCAGUCCAGCCUAGUGCAGUGGGCUCCAGGCGGGUCUAGUGCCUGAGUUUGUAAGAGAUCCUGGUGCAGCCUCAGUCUCCUCCCUUCUCUCCACUGAACCUGUGACCUGGGAAGCCGUACGUGUGGCGCUCCAGAAUUCAAACAGGGUCCUCAUUGGCUGAAUCAGCCAUGAAUUAUAUCAAGGAAAAAUACAGGAGUGCCACACGUACUCACCAGAUGUAGGGGUUUGCACGAUGCAGCCUAACGAGCUUCUCUGGCCACAGUGACAGAGCACGAAUACCCACAGAAACCAGUGUGUGUUCUCAGCAUUGUACAAGGCCCAGUUCUGCUCUAGUAACCUCGCCAACACUACAGGCCUACUUACUGGUUGCUAAGGCGGGUUGCUAGUAGGGUGAUGUUGCUCCUAGCCCAGACUGGUCUGGUCUAUGCCCUAAUUUAAAUGUGUUAGUUUAUUUGACAUUGUCUGUCUGGGGUGGGGCUGGAGGGUCAGUGCUGCACUUACUUCUGAGAAUUGCUUCAUAAAAUAUGAUUCUCUUUAAUUAA